AUGGCCGUCAUCGCGGCACGUCUGCCGCUCCGGCCGGCAUGCGCCAGCGCCAGCUCCAGGCUUGCGUGUGAGGCACGCUGCCAGCCGGGCGUCGCCGCCCGCCCGCGCAGGAGCUCGGUCUGGGCCGCAGCAGCGCACCCCUCGGGCAGCUGGCUGCACGCCGGGCACGGCCUCGCCCCGAGGCAGCAGUCUGUGUCCAUGUGCCGGGCAGCGCUGCACACGAGCAGCACACGGCCGCCUGCAGCUCCGGCGCAGGCCGAGGCCGAGGCCGCGCCGUUCGAUGCGCUGCCAGCCGUGUCCUUCAGUAUCAUCGCGCACAUCGACCACGGCAAGAGCACGCUGGCAGAUCGCCUGCUCGAGAUGACGGGCUGCAUCCCGGCAGGCGUGGGCAACCGGCAGGUGCUUGACAGCCUGAAGGUCGAGCGCGAGCGCGGCAUCACCGUCAAGAGCCAGGCGGUGAGCAUGCGGUGGCAGGGCACACUGCUCAACCUGAUAGACACGCCGGGGCACGUCGACUUUGCCUACGAAGUAAGCCGCAGUCUUUCUGCGUGUCAGGUGGCCCUGCUAGUGGUGGACGCCGCGCAGGGCGUCCAGUCGCAGACGCUGUCGGUGCUGCGCAUCGCUCGGGCGCGCAAUCUACGCAUCAUUCCCGUGCUUAACAAGAUCGACCUGCCAGCGGCGCAGCCCGACGUGGUGCUCGCGCAGCUGGAGGACGUGGGGCUCGACGUUGGCUCUGGCGGCCGCGAGGAGGCCAUCAGCGUGAGUGCCAAGACAGGACAGGGCGUGGAGGAGGUCCUGGCUCGCCUUGUCAGAGGUGCACGCACGCACAAGGAGGCGCGCAGACAGGACAUGCGCGCCCUAGUCUUUGACUCGUGGUACGACCCGUACAAGGGCGUGGUGGCGCUGGCCUCGGUGUACGAAGGCACACUGCGCAAAGGGGAUAGGAUUGCGUCGGCCGCGUCGGGCAAGACCUACGAGGUGCUCGGUAUCGGAGUCAACAGCCCGGAGCCCGUAUCAACCGGCGUGCUGCGCGCUGGCCAGGUCGGCUGGCUGAUGAUGAACAUGAAGGACAUGUCAGAAGCAGCAAUCGGCGAUACGCUACAUCACGCGCACACCAAGGUCGAGCCGCUUGAGGGCUUCAAGCCGAGCGUGCCGAUGGUCUACGCAGCUGUAUAUCCGCUCCAGGCGCAGGACUUCCCGAAGCUCGAGGAUGCCAUCACACGGCUAGCGCUCAACGACCGCAGUGUGACCGUUGCGCGGGAGAGCAGCGCGGCGUUGGGCCAGGGCUGCCGGCUGGGCUUUCUCGGCACGCUGCAUCUCGAUGUGUUCCGGCAGCGGCUCGAGGACGAGUAUGGCCAGAGCAUCCUUGUCACAGCCCCAACCGUGCCCUUCCGCGUCACGGCGCAGGACGGCACCGAGCGCACGAUCGCCAGUCCAGCCGAAUUUCCGGCCGAGCUGCGAGCAGGGCAUGCCGAGCUGGCAGAGCCGGUUGUGCGCGGCACGCUCAUGUGUCCAGAGGAGUACGUUGGCUCGAUGAUGGAGCUGUGCGCAGAGCACCGUGGUGAGGACCUCAGCAUCGAGUUUGACGAGGGCAAGUCGGGCAAGCGGCAGGUACGUAUGGUGUAUCGCCUGCCGCUUGCCGAGGUCGUGACGGACUUCUUUGGCAAGCUCAAGUCACGCUCCAGCGGCUUCGCGGCAUUUGAGUACGAGGACGACGGCUACACGGCAUCCGACCUCGUCAAGCUCUCAUUUCUCAUCUCGGGCACACCUGUUGACGCUCUCGCGGUCGUGCUGCACCGCAGCAAGGCUGUCGCAACCGGGCGUGCCAUGGCGCGCAAGCUCAGAGACGUCGUGCCUCGGCAGCAGUUCGAGGUGGCCAUCCAGGCUGUCAUCGGCAACAAGGUCAUUGCAAGAGAGUCGCUCAAGGCGUUCAGAAAGGACGUCACCGCUGGCCUUUACGGCGGCGACUACACACGCAAGGCCAAGCAACUCGGCAAGCAGAAAGAAGGCAAGAAGCGGCUGCGCGCAGUGUCGUUCGGGCGCGUGCAGAUACCGCAGGAGGCCUUCCUCAGUGUGCUCAACAGCCGGCCAAACGAAGGGAAAUGA